GCUUUUUGUUAUUACAUUCGUUACCUAAUGAUUUGGUUUGUGCAAUCAGAUAUUAAAUCGACUGUAACUUCCAGAAAAACGGACAAACAGAAGAGUUAUCGCAAACUGAACAAGGAAAACGCCUGAACAUUGAACGCGGCACUGGGCUGAAAACGUGGACUCUGUCUCUUUAAAAAGCGUUCCCCUCAGUCUCCGGCUCAGGCAGUGUGUGUGUAUACGGUUUCUCAUCCCCCGCUCCGGCUCGUUAUUGUUUAUCAUCGUCGUUUUGUCAGGUCAUGGCUGCUCAUUGUGCUGAAGAACCCUUCCCUUUCCACGGACUGCUUCCCAAAAAAGAGACCGGGGCCGCGUCCUUCCUUUGUCGGUACCCCGAGUACGAUGGUCGGGGCGUCCUCAUCGCCAUCCUCGAUACCGGCGUGGACCCAGGGGCCCCGGGUAUGCAGGUGACGUCCGAUGGGAAGCCGAAGAUCGUGGAUAUCAUCGACACGACGGGCAGUGGGGAUGUGAACAUGUCCACGGUGGUGGAGCCGAAGGACGGAAUUGUGGUGGGCCUGUCGGGGAGGACGUUGAAGAUUCCUGCAACAUGGAUAAACCCAUCGGGGAAGUAUCACAUCGGUGUCAAAAAUGGAUACGAGUUUUUUCCAAAAGCCCUGAAAGAGAGAGUACAGAAGGACCGCAAAGAGAAGCUGUGGGACCCAUCCCAUCGAGCUGUGCUGGCUGAAGCCUGCCGGAAGCAGGAGGAGUUUGACAGCACGCACACCACUCUGUCCCAGACAGAGAAGCUGGUGAAAGACGAGCUACAAUGUCAAACAGAGCUGCUGAAUUCGCUGGAGAAAAAGUACAGUGAUCCAGGGCCUGUGUACGACUGCCUACUGUGGCACGAUGGAGAGACAUGGAGGGCAUGUUUAGACACUUCAGAGAGCGGGGAUCUAAGCAGUUGCACGGUUCUCAGGAGUUACAAGGAAAGCCAUGAGUACGCAUCUCUGGGCAGCUCUGAAAUGCUGAACUAUUCUGUGAAUAUUUACGACGAGGGAAAUAUACUCUGCAUAGUGACCAGUGGAGGCGCCCACGGGACCCACGUAGCCAGCAUCGCGGCGGGAUAUUUCCCGGACGAGCCGGAGAGGAACGGAGUGGCUCCGGGGGCUCAGGUCCUCGCCAUCAAGAUCGGGGACACCAGGCUGAGCACCAUGGAGACCGGGACAGGCCUCAUACGAGCAAUGAUAGAAGUUAUCAAUUACAAGUGUGACCUUGUUAACUAUAGCUAUGGGGAAGCUACACAUUGGCCGAACUCUGGGAGAAUAUGUGAAGUGAUAAAUGAAGCUGUAUUGAAACAUAACGUGAUCUAUGUAUCGAGUGCUGGCAAUAAUGGCCCAUGCCUUUCAACUGUGGGCUGUCCUGGAGGGACAACGUGUAGUGUGAUAGGUGUGGGUGCCUAUGUCACACCUGACAUGAUGGUCGCCGAGUACUCGCUCCGAGAGAAGCUGCCAGCAAACCAGUACACCUGGUCAUCUCGGGGGCCCAGCACUGAUGGAGCUCUGGGAGUGAGUAUCAGUGCACCAGGGGGUGCCAUUGCAUCGGUCCCCAACUGGACCCUGCGUGGCACACAGCUCAUGAACGGGACAUCCAUGUCUUCCCCUAAUGCCUGCGGGGGCAUUGCUCUGGUGCUUUCAGGAGUGAAAUCCAAUGGGAUCCGACCUACUGCAUUUGCUGUGCGAAGAGCUCUGGAGAACACGGCCUUGAAAGUCGAUGAUAUUGAAGUAUUUGCACAGGGGCAUGGGAUCAUCCAGGUUGAUAAGGCUUAUGACUACCUCAUCCAGCACGCGUCCCUGCCAACCAGUAAUCUGGGCUUCACGGUGACUGUAGGAAACCAGAGAGGCAUCUACCUCAGGGAUCCAGUCCAUAUCUCUGCGCCUUCUGACCACGGAGUCGGAGUAGAGCCCGUUUUUCCUGAAAACACAGAGAACCCUGAGAGGAUAUCGCUCCAGCUCCAUUUGGUGUUGACCUGCAGUGUGCCCUGGGUGCAGUGCCCCUCGCACUUGGAGCUGAUGAACCAGUGCAGACACGUCAACGUCCGUGUGGACCCCCAGGGGCUGAGGGAGGGGCUUCAUUAUACUGAGAUUUGUGGUUAUGACACUACAGCACUGAGUGCAGGCCCGUUGUUCAGAGUACCAAUAACGGUUAUUAUUCCUACCAAGGUAACAGAAGCUUCAGGCUGCGAGGUGUUUUUCAGUGAUAUGCAUUUCAGACCUGGUCAGAUCAGACGGCACUUUAUCACAGUUCCUCAGGGAGCCUCCUGGGCAGAGAUCACGUUAACCUCGCACUCGUUAGACGUGUCUUCAAAAUUCGUCCUCCAUGCUGUUCAUCUGGUGAAGCAGAAGGCAUACCGUGCCAACGAGUUCUACAAGUUUUCAUCCCUUCUGGAAAAGGGUUCGCUAACGGAGGCUUUCCCUGUGCUGCAAGGGAGGACAGUAGAGGUGUGCAUUGCUCGAUGGUGGGCGAGUCUGGGAGAUGUUACAAUUGAUUAUUCAGUUUCCUUCCACGGCUUGAUCUGUUCUACCUCACAGCUGCAUAUUCAUGCAUCAGAAGGUAUUUCCAGUUUUGAAGUGUUUUCUACAUUGAAGUAUGAAGACAUCUCGCCAAACAUAAACCUUAAAAACUGGGUACAGCCCCUGAGGCCUCUUGGUGCUAAGACAAGGCCUCUUGGGUCCCGGGACGUUCUGCCAAAUAAUCGCCAGCUUUACGAGAUCAUUCUGACAUACAGCUUUCACCAGCCGAAAAGUGGCGAGGUGACGCCCAGCUGCCCCUUGUUGUGCGAGCUGCUGUACGAGUCCGAGUUCGACAGCCAGCUGUGGAUGCUGUUUGAUCAGAAUAAGAAGCUGAUGGGAUCAGGCGACGCUUACCCUCAUCAGUAUUCCUUGAAGCUGGAGAAAGGAGAUUAUACGGUGCGACUUCAGGUUCGGCACGAGCAGCUCAGCGAGCUGGAGCGCCUUAAGGACCUGCCUUUUAUCAUUUCACACAGACUGUCUAACACUCUGAGUCUGGAUAUCUACGAAACUCACAGAAAUGCCCUGCUGGGCAAGAAGAAAGCCAACACCAUCACCCUGCCACCCCACUGCUCACAGCCUUUCUUUGUCACCUCACUGCCGGAUGACAAAAUACCAAAAGGGGCAGGGCCUGGCUGCUAUCUUACUGGAUCCCUUUCCUUGCCCAAGAGUGAAUACGGGAAGAAAGCAGGGCAGGCUGCUUCAAAACGGCAAGGAAAAUUUAAAAAGGAUGUGGUGCCAGUCUCUUACCAUUUAAUACCAGCGCCCAACAAACCCAAGAACGGGGGCAAAGAGAAGGAGAAGGAUGGAGAGAAGGAGAAAGCUGUUAGCGAGGAGUUUUCCGAGGCCCUGAGAGAUCUCAAGAUACAGUGGAUGACAAAACUGGAUACCAGUGCCAUUUAUGAGGAGUUAAAAGAAACAUUUCCCAAUCACCUUCCUUUGCAUGUCACAAGAUUGCAUCAGCUGGACUCUGAAAAGGAGCGUAUGAAGCAGCUAGGAGAAAUAGUAGCGGCUGCAGACGUCGUCAUCUCUCAGAUUGAUCAGACUGCCUUGGCUGUCUACUUCACCAUGAAGACUGACCCCAGGCCUGACGCAGCGGCUAUAAAAAGCGACAUGGAGAAGCAGAAGUCGUCCCUGAUUGAUGCGCUGUGCAGGAAGGGCUGUGCUCUGGCAGACAAGCACCUGCAGCAGCAGCAGGAUGGCGCCAGCUCACUGGAGGUGGGCAGCACAGAGGACAGCCCUGAAGGGUCCUUGAAGAACCUCGGCGACACGUUCUGGGAGGUCCAGAAGUGGGCCGACCUCACUGACUCCAAGGUUUUGAUGUUUGCCUAUAAACACGCAUUAGCAACUAAAAUGCAUGGGAGAGCCCUGAAAUAUGCGUCAAAGAUUGUUGAAGAGAAACCCAGCAAAGAGAACUGGAAAAAUUGCUUUCAGCUCAUGAAGUCCCUUGGAUGGAACCAUUGUGCAUCCUUUGCUGAGAAUUGGCUUCCAGUUAUGUACCCUGCAGACUUUACACCUUUCUAAAUAAAUUAAUGUACGUUGUGGGCAAUGUACAUUAUCCCAUCAUGGAAGGAAGGUGGAUUUGUGUCUGAAUUAAAACGCCUUUUAUGUACAAACUUGUUUUCCCCCUCCCUUAAAUUUGUCUAAUUUAAUUGUUAGCCACUUUUGACAGAUGUCGGAUUCUCCAAAAUAUACAGUAUAAGACAAUUGUGAAUUUUGGUAAAAAGUGUCUGAAAUUAGUAGCUGCACAAAUACUCUCAUAAGAGUCAAGUGCAAAACCCGUUUCUGAAAGCAUCAGUAAAUCUCAUUUAUACCUGAAAAUGAAUAUUUUGACCAAACAGGUAUUAGCAAUGUAGGGUUAUUAAGUAACAAAUGAAAAAUGCAUACCUUUGAGUUACACCAAUAGUUUUAUAAUUUGUUAAUCUUGACAGAUUGCUUCCUAAAUUAAGCAGUCAUCUUUGGCACCUCUAUAAAUUUGGAAAAAACACUUUUAAGAUGUUGAUUUUCCAUUAUGUCACUCAAUACAGAAGUGCCAUAUAUCCUGUCUAUAAUCUAUGAACAUACAAUACAACAAACAUCAGGAACAGUACAUAUUUAUCAGCAGACCACCCACCCAGACUCUGAAGUUUUUGUUUUUCUAGACUGAAUUUUUAAUUUUUAUUUUUUAUCCAGUAUUUAGAAAACUCCCCUCCAAUAUUUUCUUAUUUGUUUAAGUCAAACAGUCUUUUACAGUAAUUUUUAAGAAGUGUAUACAUUUUGUAUAUAUUUACUGAGGUGCAUUCAAAACACAACCAAUGAAUAUUGGACCAAAUAGCAUUUGUUGUGUUUUAAUAUUUCUGCAUAUAUACAUCUUGGAAUGUAGGAAAUAAACCAUUCUUGUUUGACUUUCAUGAUUUCUUAAUUUAUGUGUACACACUUUCAUUUUCACUUUUCAUGGACCGGAAAUGGUGAUUAAUAGGAUUUAACUCUUUAAUUCUUUUGGAAGAUAAUAUAAAAUGAGAUCUCAGGCUUCCUAUUGUCAUAGGAAUCAAAUACAUUAUAAAUACAUAGUUACUUACUUUCAAGUAGAAUUGCCCUGUUUAUUUUCACAUUUUUUCAUACUGUACUUACAGAAACUGCUUUACAGUUUUUACUUCCUUUUUCCAAAGCAUGAUUGCAUUUAAAAUGGAAUGGCUUUUUUAAGAAUAAUGUUUGGUUCAAAGGUCAAAGCUGCAGUCUCAUUGCAGAGUAGAAGCCAUUGGUUAUUUGCAUGCCAUAAUCCACUAGUUUCCCAAAUGGAGAAGUAUCACAUAGGUGAUUAUUUCUUAUGUAUAUAAACUGUUCAACUAAGCUGAAGUUCAGGGUUUUACAGUAUAUUCUAUUAAAUUAUGUUUUUAACAGCCUUAAAAUUCAAAUCCUGCUGCACUCAAGUUGCUUCUGAUGUUCAAACUCUGUAAUUAAAUAUAUCAUACAUUUGUUUAAACAUGUUUUAGAUUAUGUAUUUAUGGAGUCAUUUUAUUUAUAAAGGACACAGUAGUUAGACACAUUGUUUUAAAAACUGCUUUCAUUUUACUUGUAAACUGGUAUGAUUUUCUAAAUAUUGUUCCCCAGCAGCAUAAGCAAACAGCUUCUUUUGUGUUGCAACAUCACCUGUAUAAAACAUGUUGCACUACACACUAAGUGAAUUCUGAAUAAAAUAAUUUGAAAAUUA